AUGCUGUCCCGAGCUGUGAGACCAGCCCUCAGCGCUGGCAAUGCCGCCUUCGCCAGAACGGCGGUGCCCCAGGCUGCCGGUUACGCCACCCUACGAGAAAUCGAAGGCCGUCUCAAGUCCAUCAAAAACAUCGAAAAAAUCACGAAGACGAUGAAAAUUGUGGCCUCAACAAAGCUUACUCGUGCCCAGAAGGCUAUGCGCGACUCCCGAAUCUACGGUCAGACCUCUAACAAGGUUUUCGAAGAAGCCGAGACGAAGCCAUUGGAGGAAAAGAAAACACUGCUCGUGGUUGCAAGCUCCGACAAGGGUCUCUGCGGUGGUAUUCAUUCCGGUCUGACACGUUACACUCGCCGCAUGCUCGACGCCGACCCCAACCUGGACCUUGCCGUUAUCGGUGAAAAGUCCAAGGCCCAACUCGGUCGAUCGAAUGCUCGAAACAUUGUCUUGAGUUUUGCUGGCAUUGGAAGGAAUGUCCCAACCUUUGCCGACGCUCAAGCAAUUGCCGACCAGCUUGUCAUGCUUCCGGAGGAGUACGCCAGCAUUAAAAUACUCUACAACAAGUUCGUCAACGCCCAGACCUACGAGCCCGUGAUCAUCGAAGCCUACUCGGAGGAAGCAAUUACGGAAUCACCCAACUAUGCUGCGUUCGAAAUUGAUGAUGAAGUUCUUGCGAACCUCCGAGAAUACACCCUUUCAAACUCUCUGUACUGGGCUCUGGCUGAAGGACACGCUUGCGAACAAUCUGCUAGACAGAAUGCCAUGGAUAAUGCCUCGAAGAAUGCUGGCGACAUGAUCGGAAAGUUCACUAUCUUGUACAACAGAACUCGACAAGCUGUCAUCACAGGAGAAUUGGUCGAAAUCAUCACUGGUGCCACCGCAUCGGAGGAUUUGUAG